ACUAGUUGGAAAUCAAAACAUAAUUCUUUCCAUUAGUGGAGUGGUUGUGCAGUUUGCCUCCCGGAGCUAAUAGAAUUACCAAAAGUUUAAAGGUAAAUACUUGUUACUGAGCGCAUAAUAAAUUCAAAGCAUUGAAUUUGUGAAUGAAGUAGUAGAUUAACAUCAACUAAGCAUAAUGGAAGUUGACGGUAACACCGUUCUGGCGAAGUCACUCAAGGAGCAGGGUGUUGAGUAUGUAUUCGGCAUCGUUGGUAUACCGGUUGUGGAAUUAUCAAUGGCUAUGCAGGCCGAAGGUCUAAAAUACAUUGGAAUGAGGAAUGAACAAUCCGCUUGUUAUGCUGCCCAGGCAAUCGGCUACCUCACCGGGAAACCGGGUGUUUGCUUGGUUGUUUCCGGACCAGGGCUGCUGCAUGUGACCGGUGGUAUGGCAAACGCUCAGGUGAACUGUUGGCCUUUACUGGUGAUCGGUGGUUCAACCUUCCAGGAUCAUGAGGGGAUAGGAGGCUUCCAGGAGUGUCCGCAGGUAGAACUCAGCAGACCGUACUGUAAAUAUGCCGCCAGACCACCGGGAGUACCAUUAAUCCCGCUGCACGUCGAGAAAGCUGUCCGUUUGGCCUGCUAUGGAAGACCCGGAGUAGCCUAUCUGGAUUUUCCAGGAAACCUUCUGCUUGCUAGGGUACCGGAAGAUAGUAUUCCGAAGCAAUACGUACACCCAGAGCCACCAAUUACAUUCCCCGAUCCAAGGCAUGUGAAACAAGCUGCGGAGCUAUUGUCUACUGCCAAAAGACCAUUAAUUAUUGUUGGGAAAGGCGCGGCCUAUGGUCAUGCUGAGUUACAUUUGCGCCAAUUGGUGCAUCAAACAAAUUUACCAUUCCUCCCAACACCAAUGGGUAAAGGAGUCAUUCCGGAUUUAGAUCCACAAUGCGUAGCACCCGCACGCACUUUGGCUCUGCAAAAAGCUGAUGUCGUAUUACUACUUGGUGCCCGGCUCAAUUGGAUGCUGCACUUUGGAAGAUCUCCUCGUUACAGUGCCGACGUCAAGAUAAUUCAAGUAGAUUUGUUCGCGGAAGAACUGCACAACAGUGUGCCGAGUGCUGUUGCUGUGCAAUCCGAUAUUGUUCCAUUCGCGGAACAGCUAAUUGAUGAACUGGCGCGUAUGCAUUAUUACUUCGACAAUAACAAUGACUGGUGGAUCGAUCUUAAAGCCAAGAUCGAUAAGAACAGAAAAAUUGUACAUCAGAUGGCGAUGAAUAAGGAAAUCCCGCUGAAUUAUUUUGCUGUAUUCCAUCAUCUUCAGGAAUUAAUUCCCAAGGAUGCUAUUAUUGUUAGUGAGGGCGCUAAUACCAUGGAUAUUGGUAGAUCAUUUCUUCUGAAUAAAUGGCCUCGUCAUCGACUGGAUGCAGGAACUUUUGGUACAAUGGGCGUUGGGCCAGGAUUCGCCAUUGCAGCUGCUCUGGUGUGUCGUGAUCGUUUUCCGGGUGAAAAGGUGAUCUGCGUUGAAGGAGACUCUGCAUUCGGUUUCUCUGGAAUGGAGAUCGAAACAAUGAUGCGUUAUCAGCUACCGAUUGUCAUUGUGAUUGUAAACAAUGGAGGAAUCUAUUCGGGAUUUGAUAAGCAAACUUACAAUGAAAUUCGUUCAGGCGGUGAUUUGACACAAGUAACGCCUCCGUCAGCAUUAACCGUUGAAACCCACUACGAAGCGAUGAUGAACAUGUUUGGAUCGAAGGGCCAUUUCGUGCGCACUAUUCCGGAGCUGCAGGCAGCCGUGAAAGAAGCACUGAUUUUAACCGAUAGACCAACGAUCAUUAACGUGAUCAUCAGCCCACAAGCGGAUCGCAAGCCUCAGGACUUCCAGUGGCUGACCGAAUCGAAGUUGUAAUUUUUUCAGUCAUGUCGCAUGUUUUCCAGUUCCAAAUAUUUUAAGAAAGGUGAUAUGGUUUUACAAUAUGAAGUGCUCUGAUCAGGUGAUUAUAAACUUUACGUGUUAUUUUUAUUUUGUUGAGAGUAAUAAAAAUAAUGUAUAGAAAAACAA